AUGAUAGCAAAGAGACAACCAAUUCAAAAGUUUAAUAAUAGUAAUAGUAAUAGUAAUAAUAAUCAUAACAUAAAUAAUUGUAAUUCAAUAUCAAGUAUACUACAGGGAAAGAAGUUUUACUUUGAUCCAGGUGUCAAUAGACAAGAAGAUUUACGUGAUCUUAUCAACUCGCAUGGAGGAAAGAAAGAACUUUCACUUGCUCAAUCAAACUAUUAUGUUUGUGAAAAAGAUACUGAUAUAAAAGAAAUUAUUGAAAUACCAAUUAUUAAUAAAUCAUAUUUAAUAUCAUGUCUUGAUAGAAAGAGACCAAUGAAUGAAGAGUUGAUACAAGAGUAUCGAUUGGAUACAUCUAUAUUUGAAGGGUUUGUCGUUGCAACGUCUGGUUACGAAGAGAUUGAAAAUGAAAUGAAACAUAUUGUCACUUUAAUGUCUGGUCAAUACAGUUAUGAAGUCACCUCUGAGACAACCCAUCUCAUUUCUAAAAAUGUUUUAUCAAAGAAAACUGCUGAUGCAAGAAAUAUAAGAGAUAGAGAUGGUAGACCAAAGAUUAAAGUUGUAACAAAUGCAUGGUUAAAUGAAUCAUAUAGAUGUAAUAGAGAUCUUACAGAAGAAUACAUAAUACCAAUAUUUUAUGGAGGUAGAAUAUGUUUGUCGGGAUUUGAUACAUUUGAAACAAGAUCGGCCGUUCAAAAUGGAUUGACUCAAAACGGUGCAUUGUAUCAGGCGAAUCUAAAACAAUCGGUUCAGGUGCUUAUAUCAAAUGGAGUGAUCACAGAGAAAUACAAAAAAGCGUGGCAUUGGGGCAAACCAAUCGUCUCGGAACAAUGGUUUCACGACUCUAUAAAGUAUGGGUAUGCACAAGAGCUUGAUUAUUAUCGAUGUACUGUUGAACCACCACCCGAGUCACAAAACGACUCUUCAUUUUCUGCAACCAAUAAUGGCAGUGCCGUCCCAACAAUGGUACAUCAUCCAACACCAAUGCCAAGAAACAUCCCUUCACUUACACCAGCCAGUUUUGAUUCACAACAAUUUCAUCAACACCAAACUAUACCACCGACACUACCACCAUCAUAUCAGCAACCACAACAAAAUUUAUCACAAUUAGUUUUACCAUCACAAUAUAUUCAAAGACCACCUGGUAAUCAAUUAAUUCAACAACAGCAGCAGCAGCAGCAACAAUCAGAUUGCGCAGCAACACAAUCACAACAAAAACAACUGGUUUUGACAGAUAAUGCGGCCCAGUUGGACAAGGAGUUGUUUAGAGAUGCUACGAUUGGAAUGUUGGGAUUUGAAGGUGAUCUAGAGACAAAAAUGAGAUCUUCGAUUGACCAGUGUUCAAAUUUUAUCGAAUAUUCGACCGUUCCACAAACAGCAUAUUCAACACCAUGCAUCUUGCACUAUCUCAUGGUCAAUCAUGGAAAUCGAUAUUACAGAUCAGACGCCAAGAAGCUGACGGGCACACAAGUAAUCACUCUUCAAUGGUUUUCUGAUUGUCAUCGAAAGCGGAGAAUUCUUCCAUUUGAUUUUGUGCACUACCAACCACUCAAAGAGAUCAACUUUAUGCCAGAGGUUUGUGUUACCGUAUCUGGAUUUGCCAGAAAAAGCGAGGAGUUUGUUUAUACCAGGGAAUUGUCUCGUCUGUUGGGUGCAAAAUUCCUAUACUCACUCAAACGUGAUGUUACACAUCUUGUUACACUUUGUGGCACCAGUAAAAAGUAUCAACGAGCAAAGGAAUGGGGAUUGAAAAUAGUCACUUUGGAUUGGUUAACAAAAUGCGCAAAAGAUGGUAGAAGAGUACCAGAAGAAGAUUAUUUGGUUCAAGAAGGAUCAAAACAUACUUGGGAACAUGCAGUAGUAGAAGAACAACCACAACAAACAAUUUUAUUAGAUGCUCCUCCAACAGCAGCAGCAAUUAAAAAUACUCCACACCGAGGAGGUGGUAUAUUGGUUAAAAAGAAUCCUCAACAACCAAUGAUGAUGGUUCAAUCUCCAAUUAUGCCACAAACAAUAUCAAUGGAUAAUUCAACCAUUACACCAUCAUUACCAAUUUCAUGUAUAAAUAAUAGUGGUGUUGGAGUGAGUUCACAACUUGGUCAUUUACUCAAAGGAGUAAAUAUAUUUCUUUCAGAGACUCUAAAGUUGGAUCUAAAGACACAGUUGACAGUAUGGAUUGAAAAGAUGGGAGGAGUGGUUGCAAGUGACCACUUUUCCAACAUUACACAUUAUCUCACCGAGAGAAUCGAUAUGGAAGAGAAACGAAAAAUAUUGGGUAAUUGUAAAGCAGUAGCACCAGAAUGGCUCAAAGACAGUUUUUACGCGCACAGAGUAUACGAUGAGGAGCUCUAUCAACCACUACUCCCCGAAAAGAAACUAGAUGAAGAUGACAAUGAACAUGGUAUUGUACACUCACUCAGUCGAGAACCAAAAAGUCAACUCUUUACUGGGUCUGCACCAGAUUCUCUUCGUCAAAAAGGUAGUGGUAGUCAAAAGGAUAUAAAAGAAGAGGAAACAGGAGAUGAAAAACAAGAAAAUAGAACAGACUCUAGUAAACCUGCAGUGGUAUUUACACAACCACAAACACAACCAUCAAGUAUUGGAAAAAUCGUUGCUGCUUUGGAACUACUUCCUAGUCAAUCUCAAUUUGCAGUACCCAAUCCAAAAACAGUCGUCCCAAGUAAAUCAUCAUUGUCAAGUACGAAAAAAGGUGUAAAGAGAUCAAAUAGUGGAGCACAUGUCCAUCAUCAUCAUACCUCUUCUUCCUCGUCGAGUAAAAAAUCGUCCAUGUCUAUCAUGGACAUUGAGAAUCUUGCCGAAGGUGUCAGUGAAGAUGGAGAUGCUAGUGGAGAAUCAGAUGAUGAUGACUCUUCUGGUGAUGAAAAUUCCCAACGUGUUACCUAUGGUGAUAAUGGUGUAAAGAGAAAACGUAGAGAUCCAAAGACUCCUCCUAUUAAUAUCAAUGCAAACAAUAGUUCAACUACAAAUAUAACCACCACCACCGCUACCGUUACUAAUAAUAAUAAUAAUAAUACUGUAAAUAAUACCAACACCAAUACCAAUAAUAAUAGACCAGCAACUGGACUAGCAGAGAUAUUAAAAGGAACUGUUAAAUGGAUUCUAUUCUCUGCAUUUGAUGUAGCACCAUCUGCCGAAAUCAAAGCAUCACUUCAAUCGACAGCCAUUGGAUUUAGAAUGUGCGAAUCGGCGUUUAUAGUUGGAAAGACAUCACAUUUAAUUACACCAACACCCAAACGAUCGGAAAAGUACAUGGCGGCAUGUGCCGCAGGUGCGUGGAUAUUGGUACCUUCGUUUGUGGAUGCAUGCAUUCAACAACAAAAAUGUGUAGAAGAAACAGACUAUGAAUGGACACGAGAUAUGUGUGACCAAGAGAAACUAGUCAAUCCCCAAUCCACCACGCUUUCAUUUGCACAGGCUGCACGAAACUGUCGAAUGGCAGUAGCACAGAAAAACAGACCUAUCUUUUCAAAGGCUGUCUUUCGAGUGACCAGUUAUCCAGAUCCCAAGAAAUCACUCGAUCUUUGGUGCGACAUUAUCAGAGCGGGUGGAGGUACAAUAGUCAUGCAAGGCGAAUCACCUCCACCAGGUACAACCAUCACUCAUGCCCUCUUUAAAAAAAAUGAUACCCGUUCAAAAGAAGUAGAACCAAAUAUCAAAAUCAUCAGUGAUUCUGAAUUAACUAUUUGUUUAAUUGAUGGUAAACAUUUAGUUGAUUAA